UAACAACUGGCCAAACAUAAGGUGGGCCCCAAAUUCCAUUGCUCAUUUUGGUUUUGAUGAGUUGAAGUUUUAUCAGAUUGUCCGGUCCAAAUGUCUUCAGACUAAGUCUUAGAAUCAAAGGCCUAAUAGGAUUUUAGAUUAUCAAAUCUGAAGGUGGGUAAGGGGAGGAGGGUUUCCCUGAAGUCCACAAGCAACAGCAGGAAACGAUUAUGAUAGUGUCAGUGAAAACUACAAAUCUGCAGAUGAAAUGGCUACUAAUGCUAGUGUUUUCAUUCGCAGUCAAUGCUAAAACUUUAAAAGAAUCAAAUCCCCCAAUAAUAGAGUACAAACCUUUUAUUGUAUAUUGGAAUAUUCCUACGACAAUGUGCAAGAAACGUUUUGGUGUGGAUCUAAAUCUCCAGGCUUUUGAUAUUAUAGCUAACCCUGAUGAGACAUUAAAUGGACCCUAUGUUACAAUAUUUUAUGAAAAAAAAUUAGGGCAUUACCCUUAUAUUAAUGAAAUUGGAGAGAUGUUCAAUGGAGGAAUACCUCAGAAUGAGAAACUCUCAAAGCACCUUGAAAAGAGCACUGGAGACAUCAAGAACAUCAUCCCUGGGUCAAAAUUCCAAGGACUUGCUGUUAUUGACUGGGAAGAAUGGAGACCUCAAUGGGACAGGAAUUGGGGUCCUAAAAAUAUAUAUAGAAUCCAGGCUUUAAAUCAUAUUAAAAAUCUCCACAGUGAAUUGUCAGAAAGUAAAAUGCAGGCAGCAGCAAAACAAGAAUAUGAAAGUGCUGCCAAGAGUUUUAUGAAUUCUACUAUCCGCUUGGGGUCAGCACUCAGAUCACAAGGACACUGGGGUUUUUACCUUUACCCAGAGUGCUACAAUUAUGAUUACAAAAAAAAACCAGAAACGUACACUGGGAAAUGUCCAGAAAUUGAAAUUACCCGCAAUGAUGGCCUCCAGUGGCUAUGGCAAGCAAGUACUGCUCUUUAUCCUUCCAUAUAUUUACCACUGGCAUUGAGGAAUAGUCCACAUACCCAGAAAUUUGUUCACUAUCGGGUCAAAGAGGCCAUGAGAAUUUCCUACAAGGCUAAGAAGGACUAUGCUUUGCCUGUUUUUGUUUAUACCAGGCUAUUUUAUACCUAUGGUCUUGAGCCCUUGACUAAGAAUGAUUUGUUGUAUACCAUUGGGGAAAGUGCUGCAAUGGGUGCAGCAGGAAUAGUAAUAUGGGGAGGAAUGGACCAUUCCAAUUCAAGAAACAGCUGCUUAUCUAUGCAAAAAUUUGUUAAUGGAGUUUUUGGUCACUACAUCGUCAAUGUGACAGCAGCUACUCAGCGCUGUAGCCGAAUUCUUUGUAACAAUAAUGGAAGAUGUGUUAGGAAACAAUCGGAGUCAUUCUCUUAUCUGCACAUGCCCAUGGGCAGUAUCAUGAGGCAUAAGUUAAAGAAGGGUCUGAAGUUUUUCCCUUCUCAAAGGGCUUCAAAAGAACAUAUACAGUACAUGAAGAAUGAGUUUAUUUGUCAGUGCUAUACUCACUGGAAUGGAAAAGUCUGUGCAUGGAAAGAUAACCACCACUCUGGAUCAAGGCAAUUAACUCUUUGCUCUGAUACAAAUAUCUUUUUCUCUUUAAUUUUAAUGUUGCCUCUGACUCUGCUGAUCUUUUUUUAUCCCACUAUACUCUAAGUUCUCUGGAAUCAGUCAAAAAGAAUCUACUUUUCUUCCUACUCCUAUAUCUGUGGCCUCUGAUCCUUUCCAUGCCAGCAAUUUCAAAUGUUUUUGAAUUCAGGAUACUAUCAUUGUUUGAUUUUGUGUCCCUUUUUAUAUAUGUACACAAUUAAUAGACUUUAAAGAAAAUGCAAUUAAAAUUAAUGAAAUUCUCUGAA